AUAAUAAUACUUGAUCGUCUAACUUGUAGAAAAUUAAUUAUUGCCCACUUUCUCUCUGUGCCUCUUCUUUCUGGGAAGAGAUUGAUUCUUGGAAAAAAAAAAACAAAGUUUCAAAUAGCUUCUUCUUUUUUUUUUUUCUUUUUUUGCUUUGAUUCCAGUUCCAUUCCAUAAUUGCAUCUAAUUCUUCUACCAUACUAUUCAACAAUUCCUUAGUCCACAUGAAGUUAGAGAAAAAAAAAUCCAAGAAAUAGCUACAAACACCCUCUAACCUUCUGAAUUUGUAACCCUAAAAUCCAAGCCUUCAAGAAAAACCAUCGGGGUGUCAAUUCUUUGACCUUUCCUUUAGUUAAUUUCCAAAAUUUUCGGGGAUUAUGUCAAAUCCUUGGUGGACGAACCAAAGUGGUUUAGCCGGCAUGGUGGACCACUCAACCUCCUCCAGCCUUCACCACCAAAGUCUUCUUACAAAAGGAGAUCUUGGUAUAGCUAUGAAUCCGAGCCAAGAAAACGACCAAGAUGACGAAGACGACCCUAGAGAAGGAGCGGUCGAAGUGGUCAACCGUAGACCAAGAGGCAGACCACCAGGAUCCAAAAACAAACCCAAAGCUCCAGUCUUUGUGACAAGAGAUAGCCCGAACGCACUCCAUAGCCAUGUCAUGGAGAUCUCCGACGGCAGCGACGUCGCCGACACAAUCGCUCACUUCUCAAGACGCAGGCAACGCGGCGUUUGCGUUAUAAGCGGAACAGGCUCAGUAGCUAACGUCACCCUCCGUCAAGCUGCCGCACCAGGAGGGGUCGUCUCACUCCAGGGAAGGUUCGAGAUCUUAUCUUUAACCGGUGCUUUUCUUCCUGGACCUGCCCCACCCGGAUCAACUGGUUUAACGGUUUACUUAGCCGGGGUCCAAGGGCAGGUUCUUGGAGGUAGUGUUGUGGGCCCUCUUGUGGCCAUAGGGUCAGUGAUGGUUAUUGCUGCCACUUUCUCUAACGCUACUUAUGAGAGGUUGCCUAUUGAAGAUGAGGAAGACGGUGGUGGUGGCGGCUCAAGACAGAUACAUGGAGGCGGAGACUCGCCGCCCGGAAUCGGGAGUAGCCUGCCUGAUCCGUCGGGGAUGGCUGGACCGGGAUAUAAUUUACCGCCGCAUCUGAUUCCAAAUGGAGCUGGUCAGCUAGGGCACGAACCGUAUAAUUGGGUUCAUGCACGACCACCAUACUGACUCUGUGAGCCAUUUCUAUAUUCUAUAUAAAUAAUAAAUAUAGAGAUGGAUAUAAGUGAUUUGAGGUACAGUUUUGUGGUCUUUGUAUUCUAAACCUUGUUAAAAUAAAUAACAAAGCUUGUUCUUAUUGGAAACAUGAGGCCUGGAAGGUAAAAAAGGGACGAAGGGACUAUCGGAUUUCAAUGAAUAAACAAUGUACUCAAAUUAUAAUAUU